AUGACUUCACGCCCAACUGCGGACCCGGCAGACAGCUCGCUCUCGACAUCUCCCACAAGCGACACGUACUCCAGCAGCCCGUCUCGACGCAGUCUCCGGGAAACCACCAAGAUUCCUCCUCCCACCAAAGGCUCCGCUGUCGAUGCCCUCCAGCAACGUCCCGGACUAGUCUCUCGCGCCUCGGAGAGCUCGACCAAGACCAUUCGACCCCGCCACCAUCUACGCAACAAGUCGAGCAGUGUUGUUCCCACCCUCUCCACGCUCAACGUCGGCACUGCGCCCUCGACCCGCCAGCAAAACACCAUGGCCCAGCACACGACAGGCAACUCCUCGUCAGGCGCUGCCGACCUGCUGCGGCAAGCAAUGACACGCGCAACCAACGACAGCAACGACGACGGACACGACCAGAUCGGCUCCACUAGCUCCACGCCCCCAGGUGCCACGACACCCAAGCCCGACCCGACGGACAAGCGACUGCCGGGUAUUCUGCACAGUUACUUUGGCCAGGUUCGUGAUUCUCUUAUGCCCUCGCGGAAAUCCUCAUCCACGGUCAACCCCUCCCCCGCACCCGUCACUACUUCUGAAGUGUCGGACCCCCGAGAGAAGGAGCAAGAGUCACCCACUCAUCCCAAGAUGCUGCCCAGCCCCACCCCCAGUGCCUCUUCCCGAACUCCCUCAACCUCGCAGUUGACUGGUGAAACGGAGAAGCUAACGCAAGGCGACUUUGCGCCGGUGCAACAGGCUACACCUCCCCAGACACCGCGCACCCGCUCACAAGAAUCAAAGCCCAAGCCCUCGAACCUGUCCCGCGCCUCAAACGCUUCCGACGAGUCCAAGGAGAGCAAGACGGCUCCCGUUGUGGCUCCCAAGGGCAAGCUUGCAGUCACAAUCUCUGAAGGACGUGGUCUGCGCCCUAGCACAGACCCCUACGUUGUCUGCCAGUUCCAAUGGGCUGAGUACAUCUCAGACGGUCCUAGGCACGAUGAGUCGAAGCGACCAGCCAUGCAGAUGAAGCGGACCGAGAGCCAGAUGGGCACUCCAAUGGCCAUCCCCAUGAAGAGCCGACAGAGCAGCAACAGCGGACACAGCUCAGAUCCUAGAGAGAAUGGGUCCCUGGAGGAAGUAACAAGCCCUAAGUGGGAGCACGAGGCCAUGUUUGACGUUGUAGGCGACCAUGCCGAAAUCGACAUCUCCGUAUACGACCGGGCCAACGGCGAGGCUUUCCUCGGCCACGUCCGCUUCUGCCCAAACCUCGUCGAAUACAGCGAGCCAUAUGACGGCUGGUUCCCGCUAGAGCCCCGAGAGGGCGAGGGAGGUGUUGUCACUGGAGAGAUCCACCUCAAGCUGAACUUCCAAAAGGUGGAGAAGAAGCACUACGGUCCUGAAGACUUUGAGAUUCUCAAGCUCAUUGGAAAGGGCACAUUCGGCCAAGUGUUCCAAGUACGUAAGCGGGACACUCGCCGCAUCUACGCUAUGAAGGUUCUGUCCAAGAAGGUCAUUGUGCAGAAGAAGGAGGUCGCCCACACACUUGGAGAACGCAAUAUCCUCGUCCGGACAGCCAUGGCUGACUCGGCAUUCAUUGUCGGACUCAAGUUUUCCUUCCAGACACCCUCAGAUCUAUAUUUUGUCACUGAUUACAUGUCUGGAGGCGAACUCUUCUGGCAUCUCCAAAGAGAGGGCCGUUUCCAGGAAGGCCGUGCCAAGUUCUACAUUGCAGAGCUCAUCCUAGCCCUGCAGCAUUUGCACGAACACAACAUCGUGUACCGAGAUCUUAAGCCCGAGAAUAUCCUUCUGGACGCCAACGGUCAUAUCGCCCUCUGCGAUUUCGGUUUGUCCAAGGCUAACCUUACCGAGAACGCAACGACCAACACAUUCUGUGGAACCACAGAGUACCUUGCACCUGAAGUCCUCCUUGAUGAACACGGCUACACCAAGAUGGUCGAUUUCUGGUCGCUUGGUGUGCUAGUGUUUGAGAUGUGUUGCGGCUGGAGUCCCUUCUACGCAGAAGAUACCCAGCAAAUGUACAAGAACAUCGCGUUUGGAAAGGUCAGGUUCCCUCGGGACGCCCUCAGCACCGAAGGUAGGAAUUUCGUCAAGGGACUUCUCAACAGGAACCCCAAGCACAGGCUUGGCGCAACACGCGAUGCGGAGGAGCUCAAGGCGCACCCCUUCUUUGCCGACAUCGACUGGGACGCGCUGGGCAAGAAGAACGUGGUACCACCAUUCAAGCCCAAGCUCAAGGGAGAGCUGGAUGUUUCCAACUUCGACCCAGAGUUUACCAAUGCUCUGAACGGCGCCGGCUCUCUGAACGCACGCGCAGCUGCUUUGGCAUCAGGUGUCAAUCCCGCAUCCACACCGCUGUCACCAACUAUGCAAGCAAACUUUGCUGGCUUCACCUUUACCGAUCAAAGUACAAUGGAGCAACAAUUUGGCAACGACAGGCACAGGAGUGAUGCUCUGGAACGAAUGGAUGAAGACGAGGGAGACGAAGUCAACUGGGAUCGACCCGCAGGUCGCGGAGACAGGAUGUCUGGCAUUGUUCCCAGUAACGAACACGACGUCUUCAACCAUGGCCAAUUCGAUGUAUGA